AUGAAGCUCGUAAGAUUUUUGAUGAAACUUAAUAAUGAGACGGUCACCGUCGAACUGAAGAACGGUUCCGUCGUGCAUGGCACCAUCACCGGGGUUGACAUGCAGAUGAACACACAUCUCAAGACCGUCAAAAUGACCGCCCGCAACCGUGACCCCACAUCUCUCGACUCCCUCUCCAUUCGCGGCAACAACAUCCGGUACUUCGUCCUGCCUGAUGCUCUUCCUCUUGACACACUCCUGGUCGACGACGCACCUAAGCCUAAGAACAGGAAAAAGGAUGAUGCACGAGGUCGUGGGCGUGGUAGGGGCGCUCCUGAUCGCGGUCGCGGACGAGGCAGAGGCAGAGGAAGGGGGCGCGGGUUCUGA